AUGAAGAAAACUGGCACUGGAAUAAGCCCAGGCAAUGACAAGUGCUGUCAAACAGAAUCACUGUGGCACUGCAGUCAGCUAACUUCAAUCCAACAAGAGGGCUGUGACCAACCCCAAGUGCAUGUUAUUGAGCCAGGAGAUCCACCUCUACUUCAACAGCAGCUCCAGACUUCCAAAUCAGGAAUUCAUCAAAUUAUUGAGUGCUUUCGCUCAGGUACACCCCAGCUCAGGCACAUGUUGUUAAAAGAAGUUGACACCAUCUUUGAAUGCAAGCUCUGCCGAAGUCUUUUCCGUGGCCUUCCCAAUCUGGUGACGCACAAAGAGUUCUACUGCUUUUCUGGUCAUCGGGAGCGAGAUGAUUCAUCAGAGCCAAACAGUCAGAACCAGGUCAUCAAAGACUUUCUAGAGGCAAUCUACCCACAAGAAAAGCAAGAGCAAGUAAUUCGACUGGAGGUUAUAGAGUCCAACCCUAACGCAGUUUUUCAACAUCUGUCUGUUGAGGGCUUUGAUGAGAAUGAAAAUGAGAAUGAGAAUGAGAAUGAGAAUGCGACUCCAUCCACUAAUUCCCAGCCCUCAGAACCAGGACAGCAGAAAAAGCAUCGCCGGAAGCCUGCUACAGCUCCAAAAAAGAUUGAACAGCAAGAUCUCGAGUACACUGAUGAUGACGACAUGGAUACAGCAUCUGUAAAAUCUGCAGAUAGGGAAGAUUCUGAAUUCCAAGAAACAAAAAAUACAGAACAGGACAAAAGUGGGGAAGAUGAAGAGUCUGGCGCUCAAAUAGUUUGUUGCCUCUGUCAAAAGGAAUUUAGCUCGAGAAGCAGCAUUCGCCGCCACUGCCGCAAGAUGCACCGACAGAAGCUGGAGGAGCUGUGCAAAUUUACAGAGACUCGCACUGUACCCAUCAGCUUGCUGUCUAUGGUAAAGACCAAGAAUGCAGAAGAUUCUUCACCAGCUCCUAGCAAGAAUUGCCCUGUCUGCCAAAAGUCUUUUGCCACCAAGGCUAAUGUCCGGCGCCACUUUGAUGAGGUUCACAGGGGUUUAAAACGAGACUGCAUUACACCUGACAUAGCUACUCGACCUGGGCAACUGCUCAUGCUUGAAAGUUCACCAGUUCCCCCUAAACCACCUAGCCCUUCUCCCAAGCCAGAGCAAAAGGAGUACAGUUUAGCAACAUGUCGUUGCAGACUGUGUAAGAGGAAGUAUAGCUCCCAACUUAUGCUAAGAAGGCACAUGCGCAUUGUCCAUAAGAUUCACACCUCUGAAAAAGGAUCUUACACCAGCCGUGUCCUUUUUUCAAGAAAUAACAAGAUAAAGUCUGAACCCAGUGAUGAGGGUUGCCCAAGCAAAAGUGUUUCUUCUUCCUCUAGUACAUCUUCUACAAAUGAUACAGAUCUUCAGAUAAAAAUCCCAGAGGACUGUGGAAACCUCCCAUUCAGUUUUGACUUUAAGCAGUUGUAUUGCUGGUUAUGCAAGCGACAGUUCAGCACCAGUCAGAACCUGACCAAGCACAUCACUGAGCUACACAUGGAUGGGAACGACAGCAUCUACAUUAAGUUUUACUGCUGUCCGAUAUGCAAAUAUGAGUCCCGGAGAAAACGGGACGUCAUUCGGCACAUUACUGUGGUUCACAAGAAGUCCUCCCGUUAUCUCGCCAAGAUCAUGCCUGCGCUGGAAAGUCGUGCAGUGAAAAAGCCAGCUGAGGCUGUGCUAAACAAGAAUCUGCCUUCAAAAGAGGAAAACCAUGUUGCAACGUCCAGCACACAGAUAAAACCAGAGCCAGUGACGCCGGCUACAGUCAGUCAACAGGACUCCUCUUCGUCUUCUGUUAAGAAAAGCGAAUCCUCUGUCUACCAAAACACGCGAAAGAAUUCUGCCCUCACGUCACUUAACACUGAGAAACGCGAACAGGAACAAUCACAGCCUGCCAAAGUAUGUAAACAAGAAAAGAAACCUCAAGAGCCAAAGAACCCACAUGUUACUCGGAGCCACAAACCCACCAGAGGAACUCCCAUCACUCGAAGCCAGGAGUCUAGCACAGAGGUGAGGGUUACAAAGAACUUUUCCCUGCACGGAUGUGAUAUGUGCAGUCGGGCAUUUGCCAAAAAGGUAUUUCUUGAGACACACAGACGAAGCCAUAAGACCAGCAUUAAUACCGCAGCUGGAGGCACAAAGGUACAGGGAAGAAGUACACGGUCAAAGGCACUCAUAUGGUGA